GAGCCUCGUUGCAUCCUUCUCCUUCCGAGGGUAUACAUAUGGAUGCGUUCGCACGAGAAAUUUUGUAACGGUCUCCCCUCCCCUCCUCCUCCAUCUCUUGCCGCCUCCCUUGCUCAACGCCCUCCGCGCGUAUCUUUUCCUCACUCAUUGUUCCGCCUAUCCUCCUCCCGUCCUUACGCAAACUCCCAUGACACGACGCGACCCAACUAGCUCUUCUCCAGAGUCCUCCCGCCUGCACCGCGCUGCGCUCACAGGCGAUGAAACGAGCGCCCGUCGCGCGCUGCGCGCAGGUGCCGACGUCAAUGCACGCGACUCGAUGAACCGAACGGCGCUCAUGUGCGCCAUCGCGGGCGACAACUGGCAGCAGGCCGACGCGUCGAACGCGUCUGGCUCCCAUUGUGGCCGUCUGGGCAUAUUGCGAACGCUCCUGCUCGACGCCCACAUCUCCCUCGUGACCUUGAACGCGCCGCAGAGUGCUUAUCGCGGUGUCACGCCGCUGGGGAUGGCCGCGUGGCUGAACCAGGCCGAUGCCGUGCGCAUUCUGCUCGAGGAGAGCUCCGAGUCCGUCGCGGUCGACGCAACGGACGUGCAUGGCGCUACGCCGCUUAUGUAUGCCGCGAGAGAUGGCCGAGUGGAAGUGGUGCAGAUGCUCCUUCGCCACGGUGCCUUUCCGGACCUGGGUGAUGCCCACCACAGGACGGCCGUACAAUUUGCACUUCGAUUCCCCCAGAUCGUGUGGUUGUGUGAGUCGACGUUACGGCGGAUGCGACUGCGGUCAUCCAGCUCCUUGCCAAAACAGUUACUCCGCUCCGCUCUUCCUACAUCGCGCAUUCUCGAACCUCCGGCGCUGUCAUCCUUUGGAUCCAUUACCCGGAUCACCGACACUCUCAUUCACGCUGUUACGUCCUCUGAUGUCCCCACACUGCAUUCCAUUCUGUAUCCGUCCGUAUCGUCGCAUACGGAUUCCCACACAACACCUGUACUUGUAAAUCUCCCGGACUCGGAUGGAUGGAGCGCCAUCCACCAUUGUGCGGCUGCCGAGCAGCCGUCAGCGCUCGUCUUCAAUGCUCUCUACUGCGCUGGCGCAGUCCCGCUUUUCACAGCGCACGAGCAGUGGACACCGCUGCACUGCUUUGCGCAGGCAUCGAGAAGCCCGCCCAGCGUUCAUCUGCGAGCGCAGUGGAGCUCGGCACUGGCCCAAUUCGUCUGUCUGCUCCUCCAAGACUUGCGUGUGCCGCUUGCUGCUCGGGACGGAGACGACGAAACAUGCAUCCACUUGGCGGCUGAGCAUGGCUCCUGUAUCGAGGUGCUGGCACUGCUGUUGGAGUGCGAUGCAUCGAAGACAGUGCGGGAUAUGCGCAACUCACGCGGUUUGACCGCGUUGGAAGUGUGCAGGCCCGAGUUUCGGCAUGCGUUUGGCACCGAGCUCGAGAGUCUGCGAUCGCCUUCAGCUCUAUCGACGUACACCAUUCGCGCAUCUCCGUCUGCGGUAUCGCUGUCGUCCUUCGCAACCGACGUCGAGGAGACAGAAGAUGCGUCCGUGCUCGACAACAUCGACAUAUCCGCAUCCUCCGAACAGCUUCUUGCCAAUCUGCGGUUGACAUCGCCCAUGGAGAAACAGAAUCCAUCGCCAUUCCACAUCGGGUUGAUGGAGAAUCUCCUCCGGGAAGCGGGUGAUCUGACGGCCGUCGUGUGCUCUCACUAUCGGACGAUGGCGGCCGAGGCCCGGAAGGACGUCAGUGCACUGCGGGAGAACGCAGGAAAGGUGCAGCGCUUUGUCGACGGUCUUGCUCAGGACAUCGGGCGGGAGAUUCUGAGCAAGGGCUUAGUGCCCAUCCCUCCUCGCAGACGGGGCGAUCGCGGUUCCGAGGACUCGCAAAACACAGCGGUGGAUUGUGCCCCCCAAUCGCCGCUAACAGAGGAUCAGGCCCUGCCCGUCCCGUUCCCCGCCCUCCCGGAAAUCACGUCGGAGCCGGCUAAAAGGACGACGGGACCGAUGAAGCUCAAAGCGUGGAUGAAACGGAAGCUGUUCGCCGAAGCGAUUACGGCUGCGACGAUGCCUCCGUCGCCACGAUCCCCAUUGGAGGUGAUCAUGGAGGACCAGGACUCGGACUGCCACUCCGUGCGCCGGAUUGUCACGGUGGAUGUGGACGUGUCUGCCGAGGAGUGGAGCAAUGGGCUGCUGCGGACUUCGUAUGGGACGCUUCAGGCCGCGAAUCGGGAUUUGGAGCGAAUCCGGGAGUGCAUCAGCUCUGCGGAGCACUUCAUUGAUGUCGUGGAGCGGUGUACGGCACGGACGGAACGGGCGGUGGACAGAGCUGUCAAGAAACGACAAGCCUUCGUAGCCGAAUCGAAGCACCACUCGGCGGAGGACGACCUGUUCGUGCGGCCGGCGCUGCUGUCCGCCAAGUCGAGCAUCGCGUCGCUGUCGUCGCUGUAUUCGGCGCGGUCGUCCUGCGUGUCGCUGGCGGCGACGCUGUCUGAGCAGGACGACGACGACACGCGGCUCGUGCGCCGGCUGCUGCUGCGCAAGAUCGAUGCGGGCGUCGCUGGCGCCCAGGACGAUCUCGAAAAGGGGGUCGAGUGGCUCCGCGUUGUAAAGGCUGCCGUGCGCGGCACCAAAAGAAGGGCCUGCGUCGUCUGAUUGAAGCUGGAUUGCACCAGGGACCUUCAAACAUUGUGUCUGUAAUCUUAUACCGUACUAUAGUUGUUGUA